AUGGAGGAGCAUCACCCCACGGCAUUUCACAAGACUUCCACAGAUGUCCAGAUCGAGGAUACUUCUGCCCGUCCCCAUGCCGACGGGCAGAUCGAAGCACCUGUUCACGUCGAGCAUGAGAUUUGGGACGGCAUCAAUUUGAAGACCGUCUUAGCUUUCCUUGCUAUCUGCGGUCAACUGAGUGCCUAUGAGUACACCUUGCUCAUCCCCGCCGUGGCGGCACCCUACAUAAACGCGGAACUCGGUCCUGACCCAGACUACAUUUGGAUCAAUGUCACUUGGGGCCUCGGUGCGGCCAUCCUCGUCUCAGUUGGCGGUCGUCUGAGUGACAUCUUUGGUCGACGAUACUUCAUGCUCGCCGGGGCCUUUAUCUCGUUCCUUGGUACCAUUGUGGGCGCCACGGGCCAAAGUAUCGGUCAAAUGAUCGCCAGCGGUGUCAUGUUCGGUGUUGGAUCGGGGUUUCAGGAAAUGGGUUUUGCCUGCAUCAUGGAAUUCAUCCCUAACAAGUACCGCUUGACUGCACUUGGACUCUAUGGAACGAGCGCCAUCAUGUGCAUUUUUGCCCCCCUCAUCACAUACGUCUUCAUCGCCCAUACUUCCAUCACCUGGCGAGGCGCAUACUGGUACAUGUGUGCCUUCCACGGGGUUGCCGGCAUUUUUCUCUUUUGCUUCUACCGCCCACCAUCCUUUGAGACCAAACACAAGACCGACCGCGUCUCCCGCCUGUCACUCGUGAAGGAGAUGGACUACGUCGGCCUCUUUCUCCUUGUCGCCGGGUGCACCUUGUUCCUGGUCGGUUUGAACUUUGGUGGCCGCCGCUUCCCUUGGAAAAGUGCUCAAGUCAUCGCACCCAUCGUUGUCGGCUUUUUUAGUCUUGUCCUCCUGUUCGUGUGGGAUUUCAAUGCCAACUUGAAAUAUCCAUUGUUUCCUCCUCGACUGUUCCGGCAAUGGAGAGGAUACAACGUUCUCGUCUUGGUCGGUUUCUGCUGCGGCAUGCUUUAUUACAGUAUGCAGGUCAUCUGGCCCCGAGAAUCCGCUCUGCUCUUUGUCCCUGCGGACAAGCCCAUCAUUCGUGGCAUCUACGCCAACAUAACCACGCUUGCAACUUGGGUCUCUCUGAUCUCUGUCUGGGUCUUCUGUGCCCGCUUCGGACAUGAGAAAUGGCAAAUCUUCGGCUUCAUCUGCUGCCAGACGGCCUUUGUCGGUGCUCUCUCUACGGUCGGGAUCGAUGACAAGGCCAAAGCCAUUGCGUUGGUGUUUUUGAUGUCCUGUUUCAUCAACCAGCCUCUCUACAUGCUCUUCAGUAUGGUAUCACUCAAUCUAGAAGACCAAGCAGAUAUUGGUGUCGCCGUGGGAGCUCUCUCCACCUUCCGUUUGCUGGGCGGUGCUGUCGCUACAGCCAUCUACUCGUCCAUCGUCGACAAUCAGUUCAAGGCGAAGCUGCCUUCGCAGCUCACCAAAGCGAUAGCAGGCCUCAACUUUGACCAAGCGAACCUAAAAGCCCUGAUGGCGGCCGCCGCAGCCAACACUGCCGCAGCCUACGCCAAGGUACCCGGCAUCACCAAGCAGGUCAUCGCUGCGAGCCAGCACGCCGUGAAAUUGGCCUACGUCCAGGCCUUCCAGGUCGUUUUCUACACGGCACUUGGAUUCGCCGUGCUGGCCCUCGUCAGUGCACUACUCGUUUCCAACAUCGAUCCGGCCAAAAAGAACCUGGACAAGGCGGUGCUGUUGGAGAAUGAGACUGUCAAGGUCGACUCGAAAUUGGAUCCGGAGGUGCAGAAGAUCUGAUUGGUCUUUCCUUCUUUCAAGGACGGAGGUGACGGUAUUGCGAAAACUCUUUUGUAGAUGCUGUAUGUACGAAAGGUGCUUCUUAC